CUCCGGUAGUGCGGCUGUAGGAACAUUAGGCUGGUAUUACACUCGCUUAGGUACACGAUAGGUGCCAUCGUCAGCUCAGGACACGUUAAACGUCUUUUACGGCUUUUUCCACACUGGAUAUCUACACCAAAGUGUGUCGUCGCAGUCAUGAAGCUCAACAACAGAGGUCUACAAGUCACAUUGAAAGAUAACAGCGGGGAUAUUGUCACAUCUUUAGAUAGUGCGGGUCCAGCACUCUGGCAUUUACAGUGUCAGAUGAUGCUGCUUUCAGGGGUCCAAGACGAAAUAAUAGGGUCUAGGAGGGGAACACAACUGAUCCUUCCUCAUGUCAACAACUCGUUGCCACGGGACCUAACCAGCGCCAAUCCUGGCCAACAUCGAUGCCGGGAUGUAGCUACCACUCAACAUUAUUUUUCUGGCAACAUUUCACGGACAAAUUGGACAGACUCCUCGAGCCCAUCACCGAGGAACAUCAAGUCUGAUAUGUUCGACAUCCAGCCCAGAAAGAAGCGAUCCUGCAGGGAGCUGACGCAUCAGGUCCCGGUAUAACGGCUCGUGCAACCUCGACCCGUAAACAGAAAUCCAAGAUGUGACUUUGGAUAGCAGGUGUGUGGGGAGCGGACCAUUACACCUCAACCUGCAUGAUGAGCUCCUACAGGAUACGUAGGAUUGCGGGUCCUUCUUUAACGAAUGACACUGACCUGUACUACAUAUCCAAGAUGUGACAUUGGAUAACAGGCCCUUGGACGACGGACGAUAACACCUGGACCUUCCAUACAGUGCCAAGUAAACCACCCUCCUACAAGAGGCGACCUUCGACGACAGCUUCGAGUGGAGUGGACGACCUCACUGGGACCUACAUGAGGGGCCGAGAUGAGACUUCGGCUCCAGGUUCUGGCAGAACGGACGUGACACCCGGAGUCGUUAUAGAAGGUCUCAUUAUAACACCCGGGAGGGAACCUAAACACCCUGGCACACAUCUGGUCCUGGUAUGUCGGAUGAUCACACUUGAUGACGUCCAAGAUAGAUGAGCUAUAUCUCCAACAUGAAGAAGGAUGUCUACUUGUCUGCAGCAAUUAGCUCAGCGUUGUACUUACAAUCCUAGGAAGAGAUAAUGUUCUUUCUAGUUGUCAAUGUCACAACCGUAGAUCAUCAAGUCCAAAAUAUAUCAACUAGUUGUCUCAGGAACUAUUAAGGCACCAGAAACUAUUACAAAUUUCUCAUUACUGUGAAGAAUGAUGUAGUUAUGUGUGUAAUAAAACAAUGACAAUACAA